AUGGAGCCAGUCGCGUCGCACCCGCCACCGCCCAAACGCCUCGUGCCGGCAAAGCCGCCCGCCGACCCGCUCCUCCCUCCCGAGAAGCAGGGGUGGUUCAAGCGCCAGUGGAACAGCUGGGGCGAGUCGGCCAUGUACAAGGGCAUUGCCAUCUCGGACAACCUCGGCACGCGGGUCAACGGCUGGGCAGAAGGCGUCGGCGCUGAGCGCUUCUGGCCCACGAGCAACGAUGGCGUGCAGGAGAUGGAGAAGGCUGCGCGCAUCAUCAAAGCAUUCACGGUCGACGGUGUCGGCGCCAAGGUUGAGAAGAAGGACGAGAAGACGGGCAAGAAGAUCCAGCGGCGCAUCCAGCGCAAGAUCCCGGCUCGCGUCUUCCGCCAGGCCAAAGGGCUCGUCGUCUUCUCGUCGCUGCGCAACGGCAUCGCGCCUUUCGGCGGCGCAGGCGGGACGGGCGUCAUUCUCGCGAGGCUCGAAGACGGCAGCUGGUCUGCGCCCUCGUUCAUCUCGCCCAACAACCUCGCCGUCGGCCUCAUGGCCGGCCUCGACCUGUUCGACUGCGUCCUCAUCCUCCGCACGCAAGAGGCGGUCGACUCGUUCGCGUCGCACAAGGUGACGAUCGGCUCCGAGAUCUCGGUCGCGGCGGGCGUGUACGGCGGCGGCACGAGCAUCGAGAUGGGCAUCGACCGGCAGCCCGUCAUGAGCUACGUCAAGACUCGCGGCCUCUACGCCGGCGUCGAGCUCGUCGGCCAGGCCAUCCUGUACCGCUUCGACGAGGCCGAGCGCGUCUACUUCUGGCCCGGCAUCACGCAGAAGGACAUUCUCAGCGGCCGCACUCGUGCCCCUCGAGAAGCCGAGGUCCUGUUCCAGGCGAUCGACGACGCCGAGUCGGGCGCGGCGCAGCGCGCGCACGGCCUCGAGAACGAGUUCUUCGAGGAGCUCGACUGGGAGGACCCGCAGCAGCUCGACCUGCACGACGGCGAGACGCUCAAGCUGCCGCCGACGCCCGAGCAGCUCGAGCGCGAGGAGGAGGACGAGGAGUGGAGGAGGAAGAAGGAGGAGCGCGACAAGAAGCGCUUCCUCAGGUGACCUCUCGGUCGACCCCCCCCCCCCCCUCGCGCUCUCUCUCCCUUUCUCUGUCCUUUAUAGAUCUCGCCGCCGUUUCUCUCUCUCUUCUCUCUCUGUGACCCAUGUUGCUACAUGUCCAGCUUUGCAAUGCAGCCGUCGUGCUCGUC